AUGGCUGAUCUCGAGAAGCCAAGCCCACCAUCUUCGCAAGAUGGUGCGUCCAUGGCAGACGACAAGGCCGAGCAGCAACAGCCCAGCAGAACAAGCUCUCGGAGGCCAAGCCUCACGUAUCCACACCAGCCUGUACUGCUAUCACUCGUGCCCUCCAUUGCAGCAUCUGUGCCCCCAGUUGCCGCCAACAAUGCAGAAGAAUCCGCCCGAGGUACCGGGACAGGGCACCUCACGGGUCUGCCCCUGAUACUCGCCCUCAUAGCACUCAAUCUGUCCACCAUUCUCGUCUUCCUAGACAACAGCAUACUCAGCACCGCCACACCAACCAUCACGAACGAAUUCCACUCGGUCCAGGACAUCGGCUGGUAUGUCUCGUCAUACCAACUCGCUCUCUCGGCCCUCCAGCCUAUGACGGGCAAGCUCUUCACUUACCUGCCCAACAAGCAAACCUACAUCGCCUCGGUGCUGCUCUUUGAGCUGGGCUCGCUGAUAUGCGGCCUGUCCACCAGCUCCAAUAUGCUCAUUGGGGGACGCGCGGUUGCAGGACUCGGUGCAUCUGGCCUCUUCAACGGCGCGCUGACUAUAAUCGCCGCGCUGGUCCCGCUACGGCGGCGACCCGCCGUCACCGGCCUUCUCAUGGGGGUGAGUCAGCUGGGACUCAUCGGCGGACCCCUUAUCGGCGGGGCCCUGACCCAGUAUUCGACGUGGAGAUGGUGCUUCUACAUCAACCUCCCCAUCGGCGGGGUCGCCGCCGUCGCCCUGUCCGCGGUGAGGAUCCCUGAGCAGGUUUCCAAGCCGGAGUUCCGCAGCUUCAUCCGCCGCCCAGGCCUAUGGAGGAGAUUCGACCUCGUGGGGACGGCGCUGCUCGUCCCGUCCGUGGUGAUGCUGUUGCUGGCACUGCACUACGGCGGCGGCGGCACGUACCCUUGGUCCUCGGCGACGGUCAUUGGGUUGUUCUGCGGGGCUGGGGCGGUGGGCGCGGUGUUCAUCGCGUGGGAGUGGCGUAUGGGUGGCGAGGACGCGAUGGUACCGCUUAGCAUGUUUCGCGAGAAAGUCGUGGUUGCUGGCUGCCUGACCCAGCUGUGCUUGUUCAGCUGCACCUUUAUCACGUCAUACUUCUUGCCCAUUUACUUCCAGUCUGUGCAAGGCUCAUCGCCCUUCACGGCCGGGUUACACAUGCUUCCAAGCAUCAUCUCCCAGCUCAUCACAGCCGUGUUGAGCGGAUUUGCGGUCAGUAGGCUCGGAUACUACCUCCCAUGGGCCAUCUUCUCGGCGGUUUUGUCCAGCGUUGGGUCAGGGCUCAUCUCGACCUGGACAGUUGGAACCAAUACAGGGACGUGGAUUGGAUAUCAGAUCAUUCUUGGCGUCGGCCGUGGUGCUGGUAUACAAAUGGCACUUAUCGCGGUGCAGACCGUCCUACAGCCAUCGCAGAUCGCAGUGGCCAUGGCGAUGCUCACUUUCAUCCAGGGGUUAGGCAGUGCUGUUCUUAUAUCUGUGGCAAAUACUAUUUUUGACGACAGCCUUGCCUCUCAGAUCCGUGAGAACGCCCCGCACGUGAACCCGGAUGCUGUUAUCGCUGUGGGAGCUACUGCAUUCCGUAAAGUCGUCCCCGCAGAGGACUUGCCGGCUGUGAUACGGGCGUACGCGAUUUCGUUCGAAAGAACCUUUUACCUUGCGGUGGCCUUGUCGGCUUUGUGCUUUUUUACUUCCUUGGGUCUUGGGAAUCGCGAUGUGAGGGCGAAGCAGCAGAAGGGCGAGGGCGGUGGUGCUGAGGACAGCGGCCAGGAGAAGAAUGGUGAUUCCAGUGUCUGA